AGUCUGAGGUCCUCAGCUGUUCCGACCCAUCAACUUCACAUAGCAGGGCUCAGACCUGCCGUGCAUACAAUUACACCCAGAAAAUCAUGGAUACACAUCACAAAGACCUUCCCAAAUCUACGAGAGUUUGAGUCACAGAGGGAGCCGAGAAUCAGAGAAGAAAUUACAUGAAGAAAACAUCAGAGGGACUACAGACAGAGACUGAAUCCUGAGUCCCUGAGUAGAGAGGAAACAUUUUGGUCAACUUCCUUCUUAGACUCAACCACACCGAACUAAUAAUACGACUCAUUACCAGCUGGUGAAGACUUCUGUGUGAUCUGUACAACUUUGAACUAAAGACUUUGGUGUACUGACAAGUUUAGCGUUGCACCAUGGACCAGGAGGAUGACAAAAACUCUGUGGAUAUUCAUGACAAUCCUCCAGCUCCUGACAACGUAGUGAGGGAAGAUGGAGACACUGUCUAUUUCAUCUAUGAUGAGGAGGUGGAGGUAGAGGAGAAGGAACCAGAGCCUCCUCCAGAGCCUGUUAUUCGGAUCAAUGACAAACCCCACAAGUUUAAGGACCAUUACUGCAAGAAGCCCAAGUUCUGUGACGUCUGUGCUCGCAUGAUUGUUUUGAACAACAAAUUCUGUCUGAGGUGCAAGAACUGCAAGACCAACAUCCAUCAUUCGUGUCAGCACUACGUCGAUUUCCAGAAAUGCUUUGGAAAAAUUCCACCAGGCUUCAGACGGGCCUAUAGCUCCCCUCUGUACAGCAGUGACCAACCAGACCCAAACAACCCGAACCGGAACGACCCCGUCUUUGAUACCUUGAGGGUUGGUGUCAUCAUGGCCAACAAGGAGCGCAAAAAGAAUGAAAACGACAAAAAGAAUAUGAUGAUGAUGAUGGAAGAGGAGGAAGAAGAAAACCAACAACCCAAAGAAAACGAAGAAGGAGAAGGGAAGCCUGAAGAUAAAAAAGAAAAAGGUGGAGACAAAGCAGAUGACAAGGCCAAAGGUACCUUCACUGGGUCCCACUACUACCUGGCUCUCUACCGCUUCAAAGCCAUCGAGAAAGACGACCUUGACUUUCACCCUGGUGAUCGGAUCAUAGUUCUGGACGAUUCCAAUGAAGAGUGGUGGAGGGGAAAGAUGGGAGAGAAGACCGGCUACUUCCCUGCCGACUACCUCAUUAAAGUGCGCGCGUCUGAAAGGGUUUUCAAGGUGACCCGCUCCUUUGUGGGCAACAGAGAAAUGGGACAAAUUACACUCAAGAAGGAUCAGAUCGUAGUGAAGAAAGGAGAUGAGAAAGCUGGCUACCUGAAGGUCAGCACAGGACGCAAGCUGGGCUACUUCCCUGCAGAUCUUCUUCAGGAGAUCACCUUCACAUAAGGUGCAACAACAUGCAAGAAAAAAAAAAGAUCUACAAAAAAAUUUUAAGUUUUCUUUCACUGUGUUUGCUGUGAUCUAUUUCUGUUGCUGACAUGCUGAUUAUUUGAACAACCUUUCAUUAUUUUCUUCGACAGCAUUUUAGACUGUUGUGUUAAGAACAGACUUGCAUUUAAGCGUUGCCUGCUGAUAUUGUGUAAGCUCAAGUUUUAAUAACAAGUAGAAGAAUGGAACUACCUUUCUAGAGAUGAAGAAGCUAAUGCAGAUAGCCUGUCCAUGAUUGUCUAUGAGAUUAAAUAAAUAUAUUUUAUUUUUUUCCUUUUAGAUACAUUUAAUAGGCACCAAGUCUCAGUUAAAUCUAAAUUAUUGCAUUAAAAACAUGUAGACAUAUUUCAUGUUGUAUACAGGGUUGUUCAGGAACCUUAUAGCUGCACAUACUGUAUCCUAUAAAACUGACUGAUAAAGGUGUUCAAUAAGACUUAAAAGAAAUACAUUUUUUGUUUGAGUUAACAUAAUUUCACAUUGAAUUAUUUUAGGAAAACGUUAACUUUAUUUUGAAUAAAUUUAUGAAGUUUUUUUUUAUUUAUUCAUGACUUUCUCUUUCUUUAGGGUGUUUACUAUGUAGUGCUACCGACGUGUAUUUUUCUUCAAAAUGGGAAAAUCAAGAGAGUUUUCACUUUUUACACUGUAGUCUAACUGAUACAUUUACAAUAGUGGCUCAAAAAGAAAAAAGCCAAAGAAAACACUGACGCAUAGGGAUAAAGUAUAAUAUUUGCCAUAAAAAUAUUUAAUCCAUGUCCAGGUCAAACAAGUUAUUAGCAUCGCCUCUUAAAAUUUCCUAUUCUGACUGGAAUCUUAUCCCCGUCAUUUGAUCCACUAAAAAUAAGGCUACCACAAAACAAGGUUACUAUGAAAGAGCUACAAUUGGUGGGUUUAUUAAACCUACGUUGAUAUUGUCAUCACACAGAGAAGGAAUGGUCAGAGACGUAAAAAAAUUUGAUUUUUUAUCACUGUUGGGAAACUCCAGCAAAGAGUAUUAUUUGAGGAUCACCAAGUCUCUGUUUAAAUAUUUCAUUUCAAGGCUUUGGUGCACCAGUGUUGCCGUAGAAAAAAAGCAGAGUACCAUUGUAGUUUUCCAUAAAUAAUAUAGGAGAUGAAGGUGUGUGCAUGGACAACCAGUAGGAGGUUGAAAAAGUAAAAAGUGGUGCUCAAAUUUGUUGUAAAUGUCUUCAUUUGUUACUGAUUAUCUAAGAACGCACUUUUCAGAUUUUAUGAACAUAAAAACACCUAAAAACUUAUUCACUAAAGCAAGUUUUGGGCAAAGCCAAAUUCAGCUUAACGCUUCAUUGUUUAUUUUGGAGUCUAAUGUUUUGACUGAAUGUGAUUUCCACAGGAACGUUCCUGGGGGAUUAAUAAAGCUCUGUGCAUCCUAAUCUAGACCCUGCAAGCUUAUUGAUGUACGUGGGACGAGAUCAAGACCGUUAAUUCAGUCAGAUCCAACAGUCGAGUUAUGGUAGUUACUGAAUAUUUAAUGCUGGUUCUGACAGAAAAAUGCAGUCCAUUGAAACUUGCUGAGUUUGGAGCUACAUCCCUGUAAACCAGUCAGUGUGCCCAUGCUAGUGGUGAUGAGAAGAGAUUUACUAUGCAAAUAUUGCCAAGUCAAUAGGUGCUUUACUGAUCGACUCAUUGCAAAGAAAACUAAAUGCUGAUUUUGAAUAAAAAGUUCUUCAAGGGGUGCAACAUAGUGUUUUUAAUUUGUAUAUUUUUCAGUCAUUCUUUUGUUUGUUUUCAGUUGAAUUGUGAAAGACAUGUCAGAUUAAGACUAGAAAAAUGUUUUAUCAAACAGGGCAAGACCAAAGAUACUAAUUUCACAUAUAGUAAAACCCUAUAUAUUUUUUUCCAAUACCAUUCAAGUAUUGUGUUGUAAUUUGUGAUUAACUGUCUAAAACGUAGCUGUCGAUCCUAAUGACUCUACCUUUUCCCUUAGCAGACUUUAAAAAGCUUUGUAUGUUAAAUAAAGUUUUGCCAUUUUG